GCUGUGAAUUUCUUUCUCGAAUCUUCUUAUGGCUUUUGCAGCAUCCUGAAUGAAUUCGCAUUUCAAUUUGCAGAUUAAGACGAAUUCGCAAAUGAAAUUGAAUUUCUAGGGCUUCUGCGAAAUUGGAAACAUGCGCUCAAAAGACAGAAUCUCUUACUUCUAUGAUGGGGAUGUGGGCAGCGUCUACUUCGGGCCCAACCAUCCAAUGAAGCCACACCGGCUGUGUAUGACCCAUCACCUUGUGCUCUCUUAUGAUCUCCACAAGAAGAUGGAAAUUUAUCGGCCCCACAAGGCGUACCCGGUGGAGCUUGCGCAGUUCCAUUCGGCCGACUAUGUUGAGUUUCUCCACCGGAUUACACCGGACAAGCAGCAUUUGUUCUCCAAUGAAUUAGCAAGAUAUAAUCUUGGAGAAGAUUGCCCUGUAUUCGACAACUUGUUUGAAUUCUGUCAGAUUUAUGCCGGCGGCACGAUAGAUGCUGCACGUAGGUUGAACAAUAAGCUCUGUGACAUUGCUAUAAAUUGGGCUGGUGGAUUACACCAUGCCAAAAAGUGUGGCGCAUCUGGAUUUUGUUACAUCAAUGAUUUGGUCUUGGGUAUCUUGGAGCUUCUAAAACAUCAUGCUCGGGUAUUAUACAUUGACAUAGAUGUGCAUCAUGGCGAUGGGGUAGAGGAAGCUUUUUACUUUACUGAUAGGGUAAUGACUGUUAGUUUCCACAAGUUUGGGGACCUAUUUUUUCCAGGAACCGGUGAUGUUAAGGAAAUAGGAGAAAGGGAAGGCAAGUUUUAUGCCAUUAAUGUCCCACUAAAGAAUGGAAUAGAUGAUACAAGCUUCACCAGACUUUUCAAGACUAUUAUUUCCAAGGUUAUUGAAACAUAUCAACCAGGUGCAAUAGUUCUCCAAUGUGGGGCAGAUUCGCUUGCUGGAGACCGCUUGGGCUGCUUCAAUCUCUCCAUUGAUGGUCAUGCUGAAUGUGUUAGGUUUGUGAAGAAGUUCAAUAUACCCUUACUGGUCACAGGAGGUGGUGGAUACACAAAAGAGAAUGUGGCUCGGUGUUGGACUGUUGAGACUGGAGUUCUACUGGAUUCAGAUCUUCCCAAUGAGAUCCCAGAAAACGAGUAUAUUAAGUAUUUUUCACCAGAGUUCUCGUUGAGGAUUCCAAAUGGCCAUAUAGAGAACCUAAAUAGUAAAUCAUAUCUUAGCACAAUUAAAAUGCAAGUCUUGGAAAAUCUUCGUUGCAUCCAACAUGCUCCUAGUGUACAAUUGCACGAGGUUCCACCAGAUUUUUAUAUUCCAGAUUUUGAUGAAGAUGAGCAGAACCCUGAUGAACGUGUGCAUCAGCAUACCCAAGACAAGCACAUUCAGCGUGAUGACGAAUAUUAUGAGGGGGACAAUGAUAACGAUCACAACAUGGAAGACACAUAAUUAACAUUGACAUUGUAUUUAUGGGGGCUAUGGUCAACAAUAUAAGCUUAAAAAUAGUACAUGCUACAGUAUUGUUGCAUCAAAUAGAAUGUAAUGCUAGAUCAGGAUUCAGGAAGUGGAUUUCAGAUGCCCUACGUGUUUGGCAGCCUAGGCUAGCCGCCUCAUUUUCAGGGUCCUUUAAUUCUGAGGUGUGUUUUGUUUGUCUUCCUAUAAUCUUGUUUAUGCCUCAAAAUUCCUUAGAGCUGUUGUAUCAUAAUUGCUUCAGUGCCUAUUUCGAACGGCUUAUUCCAUGUUUGAGUGCUAAAACUUUCAAUAUACGGAGGUGAUUUAUUUUAGUGAGUG